GUGCCCAGAACGGCCUAAUAAUAAACAUUCGUACAUGUAUUAUAUUUGCUCGGAUCUAAGGUUUACAUAUUACCCGGAAGUUGCAACGAGUUAGCACCCUUUGGCAUUUAUAAGUGAUUUCAAAUACGCAACAAUGGAUCGGAGAGUGAUUUUAGGAUUACUGGUUUCGCUUUAUCUGCUUAAUUAUGUGCACGGACAGUUAAUUUCUGGCAACAUUCUCCAGAUUCUACAACGGACAACAGAGUUUUCAAAGUUUGCGCAGCUGGUUGUGCGGGCCAAACUUACCCGUCUGUAUGAAACGCCCACGUCGAUGACGUUGUUUGCGUUUAACGACACCGCCUACAAUAGUCUGCCAUAUAACGAAAGAAGUGUCAUAGACAGUUACACAGAGAAAGAUCUCGCAGAUUAUCUCAAGUUCUGCACCAUCCUCGGAAAUAGAGUCCAAACCAGUUCGAUCCAAGACAACCAGUAUGUGAGAAGCAGCGAUGCAAAUGGGGACCGCCUCUUUUUUAAUCGAAUUCAGCGAUUGGACAGUAAUCCUUUAGGAAGCUUUGAUCCAGUCAAAUAUUAUGUCAAUGGUAUAGAAAUUUCUGAGGGACCGAAUCGUGACAUCGCAGCCACUAAUGGGGUCAUUCACGGUCUGAAUGGGGUCAUGAGAAAGGGGAGUCAGAAAACGGCGUACAGAUGGAUCCAGGAACCGCAGGACUCCACACAACGGUUCCAGCGGUUCACGGAGCUGAUGAGCUACUUAUACGUAUUGGACAACAUUAACGACUUAUCGUCUCCGGACAAAAUCACCACCUUCUUUGUUCCCAACGACAACGCCAUGCAGAAGAUCCCCAUACAACAGCUCAAUAAACUCCGGAACGACCCAGUGGAGCUACAGAGGAUUCUUCAAGCUCAUUACAUUCCUAAUCGAGUCAUCUUCACCAACUGUGUAUCCGACAACGAAGGGGUACAGAAUGCCAAAGGUCAACCCGUGACCUUCCGAAAACCAUUUGGAAACAAAGUUUAUGUAAGUAGUGACGGAACCAGUACAGCCAUCAUAGAAGGUAACAUCACGGUAUCUAAUGGUGUGGUGCACGUGGUGGAUCAGCUGCUCGGAUUCGUUUACAACAACGUCCGGGAACAGAUCAAACAGGAGGGAACGAAAUUUGAACAGUUGAUAAAUCUGGGUACAGAGACCGUGAAGAAUUCCCUGGUACAACCGUCCGGAGUGACCGUGUUUGUUCCGCUGGACACUGCCUUCCAGAAAGUCGCUAACAUCCGCUGGGCUAAUCUCAACAAUAACCAGACUCUGGUGGACAUGGUGUUGAGACUGCAUAUUCUGGAACCAAACAAUCAGAUAAUGAUAUCGUCACUUCCUACAAUGGGUGGAUACGAAAAUCGUCAGUACAGGCGAACCAUGUUCAGGAACGAGACGAUCACGAUCUUUAAAGACCGGGGUGAAACCUGGGUACAGGGAGGGAACGUGAAGGCCCGAGUCAUCCGGCCGGACAUAAAGACCGUUAAUGGCAUGGUACAUAUCAUCGACUCAGUGCUGGGUAUUCCCUACCUGGAUCUCCCCAUGCUGAUCUGUCACGAUGUCUGGUUACUGAGGACCUAUGACUAUAUGAGACGAGUUGGACUGAAGAACUAUUUGACAGAUCGGAGAUUCACAGCCGAAAAGUGCAGUUUCGAGAUUUAUGGAUAUCCUCCAAAUUACGGAUCAGCGGCCACCUCCAACCAGGGGACGACGUGUCCCACGUAUUGUGCACAGACCCAAUAUCAGAACCAGUAUCCGUGUAAUUCGACCCAAUGUCAGUCUAACUCCAUGCAGUGUCCAUCCUAUUGCUCCCAACCACAGUACCAAAAUCAGUCUCCGUGUAACACGGCCCAAUGUGUUAACUCCAACAACAACGGCGGUGGUGGGACGUCCACUUGUCCUACGUACUGCGCCAAUUCCCAGUAUGCCAAUCAAUACCCGUGUAACUCGGCGGUGUGCACGUCUGGGGUGAACUGUCCCUCCUAUUGUUCGCAGGCACAGUAUGGUAACUCCCAACAAUGCUUGAUCUGUAAUGGUGGAUCCACCAACCAAUGUCCGUCUCAGUACAUCAGCUACUGCAGCAACCCAGCCAACUCCAACAACAGCCCGUGCAAUUCCUACCCGUGCAACAUGCUUAAUAAUUCGAACACUGGGUCACAGAGUUCGUCCCACGACCUCGGGUAUUGUGGCACUCCAACGGUGGCGUGCGACUUCACGGUCUUCGUUCCGAAUUCCAGCGCCAUUGAUUAUUUUUCUGUGUCACUAAAUGGCAACAAAGUGAUGAGGGAGACACUCAGGUUUCAGUGGCUGUUUAAGAGACUCGUCACUCCAGGCCGUAUCUACAUAGAAAAACUCAGCAACGGGAACCACCAGAUGAAAAUGUUGAAUGGAGAGUUAGUCAGUCUCACCAAAACAAACGACAGAGAUGUCAGGAUAUAUUUCGGUGGAGCCUCGGCAAACGUGAUACACAUGGAUGAAGGGGCCACUAACGGGGUAAUUCACAUCGUUGACCAGCUGUUGUUUGUAAACGAGGAUCUAACGAGAGACGUUUCGUCAGCAGGUCUCAUUCCAUUUGGAUAAAUGGGCAGUUUCCUUUCUUCGAGAAUUUGAUGGAAGACAGAUAUUUACACGCGUCGAUUUUUACUAGACAGCAUGGAUAUUAAAUACAUUGCAUGAAAAGGUG